ACGGCUACAACAUAUGGACUUCUCAGAUGCCAUGCCUAAAUUACGGUAUGUGGAGAUCUGUGAUUGUUCAUUGUUAGAAGUUCUGUCGGAUUCGCUUGGCAACCUUGUUUCGUUGGAAGAGUUAAGAUUGGAGAACUGCGAAAAACUAGAGCAUUUGCCAUCCAGAGAUGCCAUUCAACGCCUCACCACAUUAUGGUACCUAAAAAUUAAAGGCUGCCCACAGUUCGAACAAAGUUGCACCAAUCAGAGUGGCCCAAACUCCCAGUGGUCCAACAUUUCCCAUAUUCCAAAAGUUAAAGUAGGUGGAAGCAUAAUUCAGGACUUGCGUUACUAGUUCCAAGGUCAUGCUAGAACGUUGCUGUGGUAAAUCAAGCCAAACCCCAUGAGCGGCAGGCAA